UUUCAAAACUAACACAACAGCCUUGUAGAGUCAUGCAUCUACCGACAGCAGUACUUGUCCUCUGUGCUCUUUCUCUUUUGAUCUUCACCAGUGCUAGAGGAGCACAAGUAAAGCCACUGGCACCAAGAAGACCUAAUGUCUCUGAGAGUUUUCUGACAUGGAUGAUUGUUGAAAUUGAUUAUUUCAUGCAAGGAGGAAAAACUUCUGGAACAGGUUUUUGGGCUAAGAUUCUACAAGGAAAGCAGAUAGUCAAUGUGACUGUCAAAAAUGUUGAACAAAAAGAAAAAGGAGAAAUAUUACAAGCAGGGCCUCUUUUUCCAGGACAAAUAUUAUACCAGCUUCAGAGAUGUGAUGAUAACUCUACGUAUUUCAAUACCGAAAUGAAAAACGAAAAGGAUCAUGAAAGAUGCCUUGUUGUCAAACAGUGCAGCAUAGCUGACUUGUGGCAGUGGCUAGAUAAAGCAGUCUAUCAAGGGAGAAAGGAAUUAGUCAACCGAGAAGUGGACGUCUGGGAAGCUGAGAUUGCACCUUUCAAGACAGCCACAUUGGCGGUUCCCCCCUCUUAUCCAUCAAGACCAGUGCUCUAUCAGGAAAUGGAUGUCAAGUUUGGCGUAGCACUUGGAAUUCAGUUUGUUGAUUUUCUGGCGAUCGACCCACCCCAUGAAAUAUUUAACAUUCCAAGUAUCUGCUCCAAAGCAAGGGAAAAUAAGGAAAACAAAGGCAAGACUGGUGAUUCUGUUUUUCAGUUUCUUUAUCAAUAAAGAAUUAGUUACGGUGUACUGCUGAACUUUUUUUUAUUUGCUAAAAACAUUAUUUUUAUAAACAAGUAGAAUGCAUACAAUUUUAACAGUUAUGUUUAGUCUGAAGGUUUAA